CAGCUGCAUUAUCAUUUGACCAAUAGCAGCCCAGCUCCAUCUUGACUGUGCACCAGACUGCAUUACCAACAGAGCAGACCAGCGCUCCAUCAGCAUCCGCCGAGAACAGAACCUCUUUUGGAGCAAUCACGGGCAAUGGAAUCGCUAAGCAUGGCCACUCUAAAUGCCACUCUCUGGAACGAGACCACCAGCACUCCCCGCCUACCUACCACCACGUCGGCCUACCAGUACAUUGGCUUUCAAGUCCAAAAGGUUUACCCUUUCCAUGACAACUGGAACACGGCCUGCUUCAUCAUCAUGCUGUUAUUUAUAUUUACAGUCGUCUCUCUGAUGCUCCUGGCCUUCAUUUAUGAGGUCCUGGACUGCUGCUGCUGUGCCAAAGACAAAACCCUGAGCGACUUGGAGAGCGAGCCGAGCCCUCUGCGAACCAUGAUGGACAACAUGAGAAGGCAGGACACGGAAGUGGUCUAGUGCCCUCGGGGGGAUGCCAGACAGACCCAAGCCAGAACGUUGGCCCAAGGCCUCUGACCUCCGCUGAGGGUGGAAGGGAGAGAGAGAGAGAGAGGAGUCCGGAGGUCCUGACCCCCAGCCAAGCACGAUGGGAACCCCAGGGGCUCCCCAAGUCCUCCCAUCAUCAACUCUUCAGUUAUCCUUUCAUGAGAAGAUGUGGCAGUGCAAGUUUAAAUAUGUCCCCUUUUGAGUGGGUUUCACUGUAUGUCUCCAUGGUAAAGUCCUUAUAAAUACAAGUUUGAAAAUUCAA